AUGCCAAAACAGCCCGAGUAUAUAGAGCUCAGCUCAUAUCCAGAGAGGAACUCGGAUGAGAGAUCACUGCCGUCUAAGUGGCAUGAGCACCUCUCGCAGAACCAGAUUCUCACCAUUCUUGCCAGACUUGGAGUCCUGAACAUUCCGUCUCCAUUUGAUAUCAACCUUCUACCGAGACAUGCCCACUUCAUGUUGGAUAAAAUCGAAGACUUGACCGUAGUGCACGCGGUUGAGAUCCUUAGGGAUGCGUUGGUUGAACAUAAUGGCGACGUCAAUUUCCCUAGCCGAGACUACCAACUUAUCGAAAGGUUGGUAAGCCAGACACCUGAUAACUUCAGUCAAGACACCCAGGAAUACACCCAGGAAUACACGAAAGUCGCUACUGGGGACACAGAGUCGGAUUCACUUCUCGAUUGGACACUUGAGACGAAAUUGGAGGCUGCGUUGAUCGCAUUCCAUUCUCCAUACCCGGAAGUUCGUGCUGUGGUUGAUCCAUUUGACGACCCCUCUAUGCCCGUGGAAACAUUCCGAGUAUAUGUAAUCUCGCUAUUCUGGACUGUUUUGGGUGCAACUAUCAACAACUUUUUCGUUCAUCGACUCCCCAGCAUCAGACUUUCAUCAAGCACAGUGCAACUUCUACUCUUGCCUAGUGGAAGACUCUGGGAACGGAUAUUUCCCGAUAACAAGAUGGUCACCGUAUUUGGUAGGACCUUCAAUUUAAAUCCUGGCCGCUGGAACCAUAAGGAAUUGAUGCUCAGCUCAAUCAUAUAUUCGUGCUCUGCUGGAACUCCAUAUGCGGUGUAUAAUAUCUUUGUCAUGAAGCUCGAGCGUUUUUAUGGACUCAAGUGGGUUUCCUGGGUCUAUCAGAUACUUUUUGCCCUCUCUACACAAUUCUUGGGUUUUGCUUUUGCUUUUAUGAUGCUAAAGGUCUGCGUCUACCCUAAGAAAUCUGUGUGGCCAACGUUACUUCCCGUGAUUGCAUUGAAUCGUGCACUCAUGGACGAAGACCCUCCAUCAACUAUAAAUGGAUGGAAGAUAUCACGAUACUCGUUCUUUUUUUUGACGUUUGCCGUCAGUUUCUUCUACAAUUGGAUUCCCUCCUACUUCUUCACUGCACUUUCCACAUUCAACUGGCCGACCUGGUUUUCUCCGAACCUGGUACACUUGAAUAAUGUCACGGGGUCCAAUGUUGGACUUGGGUUGAACCCUUGGCCUACCUUUGACUGGAAUAUCUUGGACAUGGCUGGAUGCUUGACUGUUCCAUUCUACACAUAUGUCAAUCAGUACAUUGGCAUUGUUUUGGGGUUCUUCACUAUUCUAGCGGUAUACUACACAAAUAACAAAUGGACCGCCUACUUUCCAAUCAACUCAAACCGUCUUUUCAACAACAAGGGAAAAGUAUAUGAUGUCAAGAUGAUUUUGAAUGAGAGUAGUGGAUUUGAUGAACAGAAAUACCUCAAGUAUGGACCCCCUUACUUCAGUGCUGCCAACUUGGUCCUUUAUGGAGCUUACUUCUUCAUGUAUCCAUUUGCUAUUCUCUAUCAUCUGGUUACUGAAUGGACGUCGAUGUCACAAAGUUUUGUGAGUAUUUGGCAAACUGUUCGAGAAUCAUUUCUGAAGGACAGAACUUCGCAGAUGCGCAAAUUCAAAGAUGAUCCUCACUGCCAAAUGAUGAGUUCGUAUGAAGAGGUUCCAAGUCUCUGGUUCCUCACCAUCUUAGUAGUGAGUGUGACUUUUGCAGUGGCAUGUGUCCUUUUUUAUCCCAUAGAGACCCCUGUUUGGGGAAUUUUUUUCACAAUUGGCAUCAACUUUCUCUUUCUUGUUCCAAUCACGGCAAUUGCAUCGGUAACUGGCUUCUCAUUCGGUUUAAACGUGUUGGUAGAGUUGAUCGUGGGAUACGCCAUUCCAAACUCAGGCCUUGCUCUUAUCACUCUCAAGGCAUACGGGUACAACAUCGAUAGUCAGGCUAGUAACUACAUCACUGAUCAAAAGCUCGCUCACUACACUAAAAUACCUCCUCGGGCAAUUUUUCGUGGCCAAAUCAUCUCCACAUUCUUAAGUGUAUUCGUUGCUCUCGCUAUUGCGAACUGGCAAAUCGACAAUAUUCCCGACAUUUGUGAUCGAGAGCAAAAAAACAAACUUCGCUGUCCUGGAGCCAACACAUUCUUCUUCUCUAGCAUUCAAUAUGGAGAAAUCGGUCCUCAUAAGGUUUUCACCGGUAUUUAUCCUGUGUUGAAGUGGUGCUUCCUUUUUGGAGCAGUGCUGGUCAUUCCUUUGGCAUACUUUAAGAAGAAAGGACCAGCGAGAUACACCAAGUAUUUCCAGCCCACCAUCAUCGUUGGAGGAUUCUUAGUGUAUGCUCCAUACAACUUACUGUACUUUACCGGUGGCUUGUAUCUCUCUUAUAUCUUCAUGUAUCGUCUCAAGCGUAAUUAUACGCUCUGGUGGGAGAAGUACAAUUAUAUAUUGACUGGUGCACUCUCAGCUGGUGUUGCGUUCAGUGCAUUGAUCAUCUUUUUUACGGUGCAAUACAACAGACCAGACCUCGACUGGUGGGGAAACAGACUCAGCAGCAUGGGCAUAGAAGGAGCGCGAGAGUUGGCAUCAUGGAAACAUGCUGAAAAUGCUCCGGAUGGAUAUAUUGGAUUACGAGAAUCGGAGUAUCCGUGA